CCCGGCUGCAGGCGGAUGGAUGGAGCUUCUCCAGGCGGCGGCGGCGGCGGCGGCGGCAGAGGAGGCGGCGGCGGCGGCGGCGGCUAUGGUGUGGUGGCUCGAUUUUCCCAGUGCCUGGCUGAGUUUCGGACGUGGUUAAGAACCAACUGGUUGAGGUUCAAUGCAGACAAGACGGAUGUGAUGCUGAAAAUGUGCAUCAGAUGUUUAUGUUUAAUUGGUUUACAGACUGUCUCUGGACUCUUUUCCUGUCAAAUUACCAGCCAUCUGUUGAGUCUUCAAGUCCAGAAAUGGAUGAAAUGUUUGGCUAUCCAUGAAAGUACAGGAGGUUCAGCAACAUCAGAGGACCAUGAGUUUGAUCCAUCAGCUGACAUGCUGGUUCAUGAUUUUGAUGAUGAGCGAACAUUAGAAGAGGAAGAAAUGAUGGAAGGAGAAACAAACUUCAGUUCUGAAAUAGAGGAUCUUGCAAGGGAAGGUGACAUGCCAAUUCAUGAACUUCUCAGCCUGUACGGUUAUGAUAGCACUGUGCAACUACCUGAAGAAGAAGAAGAAGAGGAGGAGGAAGAAGGUGAAGAUGAUGAAGAUGUUGAUAAUGAUGACAACAGUGGCUGUAGUGGAGAAAAUAAAGAAGAGAACAUUAAAGACUCCUCAGGUCAAGAGGAUGAAACUCAGUCUUCCAAUGAUGACCCAUCACAAUCUGUUGCUUCUCAAGAUGUCCAAGAGAUAAUUCGCCCACGUCGAUGUAAAUAUUUUGAUACAAAUAGUGAAAUAGAAGAAGAAUCUGAAGAAGAUGAAGAUUAUAUUCCAUCAGAAGACUGGAAGAAGGAAAUAAUGGUGGGCUCCAUGUUUCAAGCAGAAAUUCCAGUUGGUAUUUGUAGAUACAAAGAAAAUGAAAAAGUAUAUGAAAAUGAUGACCAGCUUCUGUGGGACCCUGAAUGCUUACCAGAAGAUAAAGUUAUUGUAUUUCUGAAGGAUGCAUCCAGAAGAACAGGUGAUGAGAAGGGUGUAGAAGCGAUUCCUGAAGGAUCUCAUAUAAAAGAUAACGAACAGGCUUUGUAUGAAUUGGUUAAGUGCAAUUUUGAUACAGAGGAAGCAUUGAGAAGAUUAAGAUUCAAUGUAAAAGCAGCUAGAGAGGAAUUAUCUGUUUGGACCGAGGAAGAGUGUAGAAAUUUUGAACAAGGUCUGAAGGCCUAUGGAAAAGAUUUUCAUUUGAUUCAGGCUAAUAAAGUCCGAACAAGAUCAGUUGGUGAGUGUGUAGCAUUCUAUUACAUGUGGAAAAAAUCUGAACGCUAUGAUUUCUUUGCUCAGCAGACAAGAUUUGGAAAAAAGAAAUAUAAUCUCCACCCUGGUGUAACGGAUUAUAUGGAUCGUCUUUUGGAUGAAAGUGAAAGUGCUGCUUCUAGUAGAGCACCAUCUCCUCCCCCAAUUGCCUCAAACAGUAGUAACAGUCAGUCUGAGAAAGAAGAUGGCACCAUAAGCAAUAGCAAUCAAAAUGGUGUAUCAUCUAAUGGAACAGGUGCAGUACUAAACAGAGAUGAAAUAAAAGCUGAAGGGUUACAUGUCAAUGGACCAACAGGUGGAAAUAAGAAACCACUUCACACAGAUAUGGACACUAAUGGUUAUGAAACAGAUAACCUGACUGCUGACUCCAAACUUGCCCUUGUAACUGUAAGAAAUGAAAAUGAUUUUGAUGAAAAAAGUGAGAGACCUGCCAAAAGGCGAAGGAUAAACAGCAGUGGAAAAGAAAGUCCAGGUUCUUCUGAAUUUUUCCAAGAAGCAGUCUCACAUGGAAAACUUGAAGAACAUGAAAAGACAGAUAACUAAAAUUUAUACCUAUUUUACUUUCUUUGCAGUAAAUACUGGUAUGACUAAAAUUUUCAGGGUUAAUGGGUUACCUUUGAAAACUUAAUUUCCUUGAAGCAGUUUGUUGAAACUUUUUAAAUUGAGUCCUAACUUAGGAAAUAAGAUUUCAUAAUUCUGCCAUUUUCAGAUUAUGUGACUUUAAAAGUGUUUAAGACCUUUUAAGGAUAUAAAAAUAAUUUGGUAAAUUUGAAUGACCUAAAGGUAUAGCUGUACCUUCUUAUUUCAAAUACUAAUCAAAACAUCAUUGAAUGGUAAUUUUUUUCCUUAAUUUGAUACUAAAGAAUGAAAGAAACAAACAAAAGUUCAAAUUUCUGUUUAAUAUCAAUUUUUCUGAUUUUCUUGAAAUGUCUUUAUAAUAGGCAUUUUCUCUCCUUAUAAUUUGAACAUUACUAAGGAAACCCUUAUGAAUCCUGAAAGUUAUGCUAGCAUGGUUUUUUUUAUAUGUAGAAGUUUAAAAAUAAACCAAGUCAGGUUUGUGUAUGUAAAAUUGUUGACAUCAAUGAUGUCUUUCCAUAUUCUUAUCUGGGCUUAAGAAAUACAUUCUGUAUUUUUCCAGAUUCUUUGUAGCCUUUGAAAGAUUUUUACAGUACAUAUGUCUUGACUGAACUGUCCUUUCUUAAUACAAAAAGCUUGUAUAAUUUUCUUAACUUGUAUAGUUGGUAAACUUUUAUGAGAAGAACUGAUAUUCUGAGUCUGCCAGCUUUCAUUUUAUUUUUUUUUCUAAUGAAUUUUUAAAUGUAUAGUUAACCAAGUCACCUUUCUUCCAGGUGGUGAUUGAAUUCAUAAGGGAUUAUGAACAUUUGUUUUGUCAGAUUUCUUACAGACAAAUACGGAAAAUUUCUGAAAUUCAGCAUGAUACUCUGAUUGGAAGCUUGUUUUGCAUUUGCUAUGAUUUCGAAAUUAUUUUUGAAGCAAAACAAAGGCUUACUGUCAACUGUUUUUCAGUGCUAACUAGAAUCUUGUUCAGUUUUAUCUGUAUGCAUUAUAAAAUCUACUUUUUUUUUCAUUAAAUCAACAGAGGGGAAAGGUCAGGUGAUGGCAUAGCCAAAUAGAAACUGUUGGCAGGGAACAAUACUGUUUUUUAUUUUUCUUUUUUUUUUUUUAUUGAGGAUAAACUAGGGGAUUUGUAGAAUUUUCAUACUUUUCCAGUUACAAUCCACUUUGUCAUAUUUGGUACUUUUUUUCCAAAAUGAAAAAAAUUAUACAAAGUAAUCAUUGUUCUGUGUGAUUUUAGGUAAGAUUAUCCAUGUGCAUAACCUGGUAAGGGUGCCAUUUUGUUUCUAUUGCAAAAUUCUUGUUUAAAAAAUAAUGUAGUUUUAUACAGCUGACAGGCCAAUCUCCAGGCUUUUAUAGAAGAUGGUGUUCUUUCCUCACACAGGUAACACUCAGUGCUUUUUCCUGCUUGUUUUCACUAUCAGCUCACAAGGCCUUUCCUUUUUCAAGCAAAUCUUCCAUGGUCUUGAUUUUAAUGGCUCAGAUGUCUAAUGUGACUUAAAUGGAGAUUUGCACUGCUCAGAUAGGCCUUAUCCCUCAGAGUAUUAUUUAUUUCUUCAGACUGCUUCCCUUCACCAAUGGGAAGUGUUUGCCAAACAGUGUUAAAAGCCACUUUCAUAACAUUUCAUAUAAUGUAUAUUUACUGCUUGUUAACACAAAUAAUCCAAAUAAAGCAAGGUCUUGGGUGGAAGUGGUGAGGAGUAUGAGGGGUUUUUGUGUUGUUUCCUUACAACAUUAAUUUAUCCAGAAUGGCAGUAGUUCAAGUAGCUUUAGCAUUUACCCCUCCCCAUUUUUAUUACAGUUUUGGCUUUUCUGGGUUUUUUUAAUUUGGUGGGAGGGGAGUUCAGGGUAGGAUCUAGUGCUAGCCCAGGAUGACCUAGAAUUAACUGUGUAGUCUCAGGGUGACCUCAAACUCAUGGUAAUCCUUUUACCUCUCUCCCAAGUGCUGGGAUUAAAGCCACCAUGCCCAGCUGUUUUUGUUUUUGAGACAGUUUUACUGUUAAGCCCAGGCUGGCCUAAACCUGCAGUCGUCCUGCUUUGCCUCCUCAGUGCUGAGUGUGUACUACCACACCCAACUAAAGUCCAUUUUCUUAAUCAGAUCUUACUAAAUGAAUCCAAAGCCUAUCUCUUUGUCAGUUGAUAAUACAGAAUGUCUUAAAAGCACGGUGAUGUACUUAGGUUACUACAGUAGUAGAGAUGUUUUCACAUUUGUUAAGAAUGUGUCUGGUGCGCAGGUUGGCAAAGUUCUUGCAAACUAUUAAAUGAACAUUUUAAGUUCUCAGGCAUGUUGGUAAAUGUGGCACAUGUGUAAAUGUUAGUAAACUUCACCUUGCUUUUUAAGUAAAUGACAUUUAAAUGAAAGACAUUCCACUACCAUGUAAUUCUGAGCUUUUCAUAAAUACUGCAUUACAUUCUAUGUUUCUACAAGUAUUUUACAUUUUCUUCUUCAUAACACAGCCACUAGAAUUUGACAAGUCAUUGCACUAUUUAAAACUUUAUAGUAAUAUCUUGAAUUUAAUUUGCUUAAGAUGUAGUACAUUUUGUAACUCAAAUUUUUACACACAUUGUGUUGGGAAAAGAAGCCUUAUUGUUAGGGGCUGGGAGCAAAGCUCAGUUGGUGAGUAUGUGCCUAGCAUGCAUGAAGUCCUGGGUUCUAUUUCCAGCACCAUUUAAACUGUGUAGUGGCACAUGCCUAUAAUCCCAGUGCUCCAGAGGUGGAGGCAGGUAAAUCAGAAAUUCAAGGUCAUCCUCAGCUACUUAGCAGUUUUGAGGCCAACAUGGGAUAAGUGAGACCCUGUCUCAAAAAAGAAAACAGCCUUCACUAAUAGUUAUUUAGCCCCCAGCCCAGCACUAUCCCUUUCAUUUGCAGUAUGUUUUUUGUGUUCUCAAAUGGGGUGCAAAAUCUGCAAACCAUCAGUUAGUUCAUAAAUGUAUUGAGCUUUAAAAUGUAUUUGAAGUACUAUGUACACAGGCAUUCAGAAUUGCAAAUUAGAUGUUCUUAAACUUACCCAUGAUAAUUUUGCACUGUAAAGUAAGUUCCAUUUCCCAUUUCCUUCUGCCAGUAUGAAUAUGCUUAUUAAACUAUUUUUUAAACACA